GAGAGAGACACCGACUCGCACCUCACAACACAACACACACGUUGACACAUCUCACACACACACACAAACUCAAUACAUCACACAACAUCACGUUGGAUAUGUAGCAGAACUGCAACGCCCCUUUCUUCUUCUCUUCUGUUCCUCUCUCAUCUUCCGCUUCCACUCUCUCUCCCCUCUGCCAUUUUCGCUCCUUCAAUUCCCUCUUUCUCUCUAUUUAACAGUUUACAAUUCUCGUUUUGCCUCAAUGCUAUGAAACUUUCUCGCUCCGUUUUCUCCCUUUCUCUCUGAAUUCAUCUUCUCUCUAUCUCUCUCUCCUCGAAAAGGAAGGAGAAAGAGGUUUUUGUUGUUGUUGUUCUUGCUGUUGAAGAAGAGGAAGAAGAAGAAUGGAUUCAACGGAAUCUUCGUACAUGUCUUCUCCUGAAGGAGCAAGGAAGCACGCUGCUUCACCUCCUCCCAAGUCCACUUCUCCAGAUUCUGAGGAGAAGCCAACGUAUGUUAGAUUUCUUGUAUCAAACUCUGCAGCUGGUUCUGUUAUUGGAAAGGGUGGUUCAACUAUCACUGAUUUUCAGUCACAGUCUGGAGCACGAAUUCAGUUGUCACGCAAUCAUGAAUUCUUCCCUGGAACUACUGAUAGGAUUAUUAUGGUAUCUGGUGCAAUAACUGAAAUACUAAGAGCUGUAGAACUUAUACUUUCUAAGUUGCUCAGUGAGCUUCAUAGCGAGGAUGAAAAUGAUGCUGAGCCAAAAACAAAAGUGAGACUCAUUGUCCCCAAUGGUUCUUGUGGUGGAAUAAUUGGAAAGGGAGGUGCUACCAUUAGGUCAUUCAUUGAAGAAUCUCAGGCUGGCAUUAAGAUAUCUCCUCAAGACAAUAAUUACUAUGGACAGAAUGAUAGGCUAGUGACAGUAACAGGAACUCUUGAUGAGCAGAUGCGUGCGAUUGAUUUAAUUGUUUCUAAGUUAGCUGAAGAUCCUCAUUAUUCACAGUCCAUGAAUUCUCCAUUUUCAUAUCCUGGUGUUUCCUUCUCGGGUUAUCAAGGUGUUCCAUAUACUACUUAUGUGCUUCCUUCUGUUGCACCAGCGACAUACAAUGCAAUGAAUUACAAACCAAAUGGUGCGGGAGGGAAGUUGCAGAACAGCAAGGAGGAGCGGAGUAACUCCGUGACAAUUGGUGUUGCAGAUGAGCAUAUUGGAUUGGUUGUUGGUCGUGGUGGAAGGAAUAUAAUGGAUAUUAGUCAGAUUAGUGGGGCAAGGAUAAAGAUAUCAGAUAGAGGUGAUUACAUAUCCGGAACAACUGAUAGGAAAGUUACCAUAACCGGAUCCCAGAGAGCAAUACGCACAGCUGAAUCUAUGAUAUUGCAGAAGGUUGCUUAUGCUACUGAGAGAGUGAUCGAGUAGUUCGCAAGUGCACUUGUCUACUGUUAGAUGCUUAGUGAACCUGCUUGCUAAUUGCUCAUACAUUUGCUGAAUUUUGGGAUUUGUUUUACUUAAAUUAUCAUAUCACAUGAUAUACUCUGGAAGAUCUUUAUUUUAGUGGGAGAAAGCAGGAUUUUUUUCUUAAAUUGAGAGCCGUCGUCUUAUAGGAUUUCUUCUCAAACCUUUCAAUGGACAAGAUCGAUUGGAAAGGGCAUUCUUGCUUUUCCAAAUGUAAUAUUGAGAACUAUAUUCUUUGGUUGUAAGUCAACAGUUGCUAAUAUCAUUGACGAUCUGUAUCUUCAAUUACUGGCUUGAGAUAGGAUUUGAGAAUUAUUUAUU